AUGGCCAGUCCCCCUCGUCCCUGCCCCUCGUUGCAGCAUGACGCUGCUUUCUUUUCGAUUUUCGCCUUCGACACUCAGCGCAUCUGCAUCCACAACUCCAACCAAGUCUGCGCAUGCUCCAUCAGCACAGGGCGCCCUCGCACUCCAUCUCGCUCGCAGGAACAUGCCUUAGACUCUGUCUUCUUGUUGCAGCCGGACUCAGGCAACUCGUCUCUAGCACAUCCGGAUGUUCCCGAUGAACAACCAGGCUCGCCGCAGUUCUGGUGGAAGCUCGGUGUGUCUGUCGUACUGAUUCUUGGUGGUGGUGUCUUUGCCGGACUCACUAUCGCGCUCAUGGGUCAAGAUAUCAUCAAUUUACAAGUCCUUGCAGAGUCAGGCGAGGAACGCGAACGCAGACAUGCUGCAAAAGUGCUGUCUCUGCUCAAGCGUGGCAAACACUGGGUCCUUGUCACGCUUCUCCUCUGUAAUGUCCUCACCAACGAAUCACUCCCCAUUGUGAUGGACAGUAUCCUCCCUGGCGGUCUAUACGCUGUCGCCAUCUCUACCGUGUCGAUUGUCAUCUUUGGUGAGAUUAUUCCUCAAUCAUUGUGUGUACGUUAUGGAUUGCCCAUUGGUGCUGCUUUCGUGGCUCCUAUGCUGGGACUUAUGUACAUCAUGUACCCAGUCGCCUACCCUAUUGCCAAGCUACUCGACUACUUGUUGGGCGAUGAUGAGGGCACAGUAUACAAGAAAGCAGGUCUCAAAACACUCGUCACGCUCCACAAGACGCUAGGUGCGGACCGACUCAAUGAAGAUGAAGUCACCAUCAUCACAGCUGUGCUCGACCUCAAGGACAAGAGUGUCGGAAGCGUCAUGACACCGAUUGAGGAUGUCUUUACAAUGAGCGCUGAUACAAUUCUGGAUGAACCCAUGGUCGACACCAUCUUGAAGGAAGGUUACUCGCGCAUCCCCAUCUACCAGCCAGGCAACCCAACCAAUUUCGUCGGCAUGCUGCUCGUCAAGAUCCUCAUCACCUAUGAUCCAGAUGACAGAGUACCUGUCAGCAAUUUCACCCUCGCAACGCUCCCAGAAACACGACCUGAAGUAUCGUGCCUCGAUAUUCUCAAUUUUUUCCAAGAGGGCAAGUCGCAUAUGGUAUUGGUGUCUGAACGACCAGGGGAGCCAGCCGGGGCGCUAGGUCUGCUAACAUGUGAGGACAUUAUUGAAGAGCUCAUUGGUGAAGAAAUUGUCGACGAGAGCGACGUUUACAUUGACGUGCACCAAAAAACGCGUCGACUCGAUGCUGCGCCCCUGAGGAAAGGUCAUCGUAUCAAUUUCACCUCGCUUGAGCGUAGAAAGACGGAUCUCAAUCUCUUGACGGGUGGCAAGCAAGCAACUGGCAAGCCGCUCUUUAGGCCAGCCAACGUUGCGCACAACCCAACAGAAACGAAAACAACCAAAGUUACCAUCAAGCCCACUACUAAUGUGAAUCUGACACCAAGCAAAUCUGGCGAACGACCUGGUCUGCGUGAUGCGGGUCAGCGCGACCUCAGUGCGUCACCCGGAUACGGUACCACGUCUGAGCGUGCUGCCAUGCAUGACAACCUCAAUAAUUCCGAUGUGGAGGACCAGCAAGAUCAGUCUUAUCAGACAGAUGAGGAGGAAGCAGACGAGCAACGACCCUUGUUACUGCAAGUGCCACAAGAUCGUCAUUUGCACGGCAGAAAAACGUCACGGGUGCGUUCUGGCAGUAUCAUUGAAACGACAGUUGAGCAACCCGACGGAACCAUCAAGAUGGUGGUUGGCUGUACACAUGACCAUCACAAUGCCAUGAGCGAUGCCGAGUCGAGCGAUAGUGGUUACAGCCGGCGCAAGAACGGCCAUAAGGUGAACCGAUCUGCUCGACCUGCGAGUGCGAGAAGUCAUAGCUCAGGUGGUUCUAUGCGUGAUUCACCAUUACUCAAGUUGGAUGGAGACCAAAAGAAAGCGAAUAGGAAAGGGUGA